AGUUUUAAAAAUCUGUUUACAUUAUCUCCCCAAGCAAAAAAUUCAAAAAGAAAGAAAGAAUUCUGUUUACCUUCUUGAGGGUUAUAAGUGGGAUCAACUCAUGUAUUUGUUAAUAUUUUCUUCUUUUAAAUUAUUUUGAUUAUCUAGUAUUACCAACAUACAGGAAGUGAUGGAGCCUUCCAUAACCAACUCUGCUGUGUGUUUCAGGCCUUUUCUUCCUUUUUCUGUUUUUAAGUAAUAGAGAUACUGUAGCUACAGCUGUAGUACAACUCAUCCUGUUCCGUUUUCUCCCUCCUCCCCACGCGUCACCGCCAUUCCAAACACAUACACCUCCUUUGUCUCAGGAGUCAGGGCAAGCCGUGGUUUUUAAUGUCUUCCCCACCUUCCGCAAUCGCUGGCUGCCCUUCAUGAGCUAGUAGGUUCGGUUACCUACUGUCUGCCUGGAGCCCAGAUGUCCUGUGUGGAUUUUAAUGUGGAAUUGUUUCUUGCAAAGGAAGCAUUCCCUCACCACCUCACUGAAAUGAACCAAAAAAGAAGAAAAAAAGAUAGCUGUCCCCAUCCAUGCUUGCUUUCUGUCAGCCUGUGAGCUUGCUCCUUUCCCUUCUUCCUUUCCUGGGGCAUCCAACGAGAAUGACACGUGGAUGGGCUCUGCGCAUAGGUUUGCGGCCACUGUAGAUCUCAGAGAGGCUCGCGUGCGCUGGUGUCUGAAAGCCCCUCUCCUUACUUCCCCACGGUAGAGGAGGCUGUGCGGCCUUUGUGCAGCCCUCCAGUCCCCCACCCCCCACACUCCACUCCUGGAGCACGCUGACGGGGGCAUCCCACAGGGGCAUCCAGCUGGAGUCGGCAAGUCUGGGUCUCUGAUGCUACUUAGCCCAAAUUGAGGGUGUAAGAAUGAGAAGAAGAUUUAUGUUUUGUUUAGAGAUUUCCAUCUCUGAUUACCAUGUAGUUCUGGAUAAUUAUAAAUAAUAAUUAGAGGUUUUAGGUAAUAAGCACAAUUAUUUUUUAAAAAUUACUUUCUUUUCCAAUCAGCAAAUAGGUACCAAGUUCUUUUCUUCGUUAAUUUAAUUAGUAGCUGCUUAUUGAGUACCUAUUAUGUGCUGUGUAUUUCUUAUUCUCCACAUUGGGGAUACAGGAUAAAACAGACCGCUUAGGGCUCUGCUCUCAUGAAACUGACAUUCUAGGAGAUGUUGACCGUAAAUAAGCAAAUAAGGAGGGUAAGUACAAUGCAGAGAAGUAAGAGAGGUGGUAUGACUAGUGCUGGGUGAUGACCAGGUCAGGUGACUGCCGUGACCGUGACAUUUACGCCGGGCUCAGGUUGGUAAGAGAGAACCAAGCAUGUGGUGAUUAGGUCGCUGGAGGAUUUCAGGCAGAGGGAGCAGCAGAUGCAAAGGCCCUGAGACAUUUUGUAUCUUUCUUCUUCAGCAAGUAAAUUACAGCAUGUGUAGAGAAAUACAACACAGUGAUUUUCUGCACACUCCGUCCUGUGUGGAGAGCCAUUUAUCUGAGGUUUUGCUCUGCACUGACUUAGGCUCAGCAGAGCUGGUUUGUUGGAGUUGUUUGGGUUUGUGUGCGCUCUGUGGGCUGAAGGCUGUCUGUUUCCCUCAGCUCUACGUCUCCUCAGAGAGCCGCUUCAACACUUUGGCUGAGUUGGUUCAUCAUCACUCGACUGUGGCGGACGGCCUCAUCACCACUCUCCAUUACCCGGCCCCCAAGCGCAACAAGCCCACUGUUUACGGCGUGUCCCCCAACUACGACAAGUGGGAGAUGGAGCGCACGGACAUCACCAUGAAGCACAAGCUGGGCGGAGGCCAGUACGGGGAGGUGUACGAAGGCGUGUGGAAGAAAUACAGCCUGACGGUGGCCGUGAAGACCUUGAAGGAGGACACCAUGGAGGUGGAGGAGUUCUUGAAAGAAGCUGCAGUAAUGAAAGAGAUCAAGCACCCCAAUCUAGUACAGUUACUCGGGGUCUGUACCCGGGAGCCCCCGUUCUAUAUAAUCACUGAGUUCAUGACCUAUGGGAACCUGUUGGAUUACCUGAGAGAGUGUAACCGGCAGGAGGUGAACGCUGUGGUACUGCUGUACAUGGCCACUCAGAUCUCGUCGGCCAUGGAGUACCUCGAGAAGAAGAACUUCAUCCACAGAGAUCUUGCUGCCCGAAACUGCCUGGUAGGGGAGAACCACUUGGUGAAGGUGGCUGAUUUCGGCCUGAGCAGGUUAAUGACAGGGGAUACCUACACAGCCCAUGCCGGGGCCAAGUUCCCGAUCAAGUGGACGGCGCCAGAAAGCCUGGCCUACAACAAGUUCUCCAUCAAGUCCGACGUCUGGGCUUUUGGAGUAUUGCUUUGGGAAAUUGCCACCUAUGGUAUGUCGCCUUACCCGGGAAUUGACCUGUCCCAGGUGUAUGAGCUGCUAGAGAAGGACUACCGCAUGGAGCGCCCGGAAGGCUGCCCGGAGAAGGUUUACGAACUGAUGCGCGCAUGUGAGCCUUCCCCAGCCAGUUCUAAAAAUUCUUUGUGGGCGCUGUGAGAAAUUACCGUCCAGGAGUGUAUUCCCAGAGUGAAGUAGUCCUCCCCUUCCUUUAUUCACAUUUUUCAGAAUCAGCCAGUGUAGCAGAUAGGCGCAUGCUGACUCAGACUUGUUUCUCUGCACGUUGUUUAUACAUAGUGUUUAUAUGUGAGGGGUUUUUUUGGCUUGUUCUUAAUGCAAAAAUGGAAUUGAUGGGUAUCAAACUUGGAUUUCUUAAUAAUAAAUACAAAUUCCUGGGCCCUACCUCCAAAUAUUCUGCUGUAGUAGGUAAAUACUCUGGGUGAUGUUUAUCUAGUUGGUUUUAUUAUAUAUAUAUUUAUAUAUAUAAAAUCAUUCCCUCAACUUUUUUUUUUGCACAUGGGCGUAUCUUUUGUGUCCAUAUUUCAAAGACGUCUCUCCCUCUCCCCACUCCCUUAUUUUUAUAUAGCUGUUUAACUUCCCAUUAAAUGAUUUAUUCAUUCAUCCAGUCCCAUUUUGGUGGACAUUUGGUGGUUUUGCACAUUUGUUUGGCUUUUGCCAUUAUAAACAAAACAAGGAUGAACACCCUUUUACGUAUACCUCCGUGCAUUAUGCUGGGAUUUCUAAAAGUUGAACCAUUGGUUCAAAGGGCUAUUUGCAUUUUAAAUUUUGAUUUUACCAAAUUGUUUUCCAGGAAAGGUGUACCAAUUUAUACUCCCUCCAGAAGUGUAGGAGAGUAACUCUGUGCUCUCGCCAACAUGGGGCUUCAUCAGUCCUUAAUCCUCACGUUAAUCUUGGGGCACUUGGGUGACUCAGUUGGUUAAGCAUCCAGCUCUUGAUCUCAGCUCAGGUCUUGAUGUCA